AUGAGCCCUGAAAAACACCAAGUUCCAGGGAAGGAGACCGUAAAGGUGCAGGAAGAGAGGUAUAACUUGAGGCAGGAGGGAAACCUGCAGGAGGUCAAGAGUGACGAAGGCUGUACUGAAGUCUUAAGAGAAUAUGAAGACAGAAGUUAUACUGGAGAAAUGAUUCCUAUUGAUCCAGUCGGAAUACUCCUUAUUAUUCUCUGCGCAUUUUUCUUAUAUUUUUCCCAUGGAAAGAAUAAGAAUGAUUAUCAGAAUUUCCCUCCUGGACCAAAACCGUUACCGAUCAUUGGGAAUAUGCACAUUUUGGAUACGGAGAGACCUUUGGAUACAAUUCUACAGUUAUCGGAGCAGUAUGGCUCAGUAUUCAGCAUUCAGGUAGGAACUAAGAAGACAGUGGUGCUAUGCGGAUAUGAGACCGUGAAAGAAGCCCUUGUUAAUCAUGCUGAAGAGUUUUCUGGGAGAGCCAAAUUACCAAUCUUUCAAGAUGUAACACAAGGAUAUGGUAUUGUUUUUUCCCAUGGUGAGAACUGGAAAGUCAUGAGAAGAUUCACCAUUUCAAAAUUACGAGAUUUUGGAAUGGGAAAGAAAACCAUCGAAAACAAGAUAAACGAAGAGUGUGAUGCACUGGUGCAAAAAUUCCACUCUUACAAAGGAGAGCUUUUUGAGAACACUGCCAUCAUGAACGGUGCCGUGGCCAAUAUAAUCGCGUCCAUACUUCUUGGCCAUCGCUUUGACUACGAUGACCCAACUAUUCUCAGACUCUUGCACUUAAUAAAUGAGAACGUGAGACUUUUGGGAAGUCCAAUUGCUCUGCUUUCUGAGAAAUACGGCCCUGUCUUCAGCAUUCAACUGGGAACUGACAAGAUGGUGGUCCUCUGUGGGUACGAGACAGUGAAGGACGCUCUCGUAAACUACGCCGAGGAGUUUUCGGAUCGAGCUUUUGUACCAGUGUUGCAUGAAAUAUCAAGAGGAUAUGGAGUCAUUUUUUCAAACGGUGAAAACUGGAAAGUCAUGCGAAGAUUCACGCUUUCCACACUAAGAGAUUUUGGAAUGGGAAAAAAAAUAAUUGAAGAGAAGAUUAACGAAGAAUGCGAUUCACUGGUGGAAAUGUUUAAAUCUUACAAUGGAGAACCUUUUGAUAACACAAUAAUCAUAAACACUGCUGUCGCCAAUAUAAUUGUAUCCAUACUGCUCGGUCAUCGCUUUGAUUACAAGAAUCCAACACUUUUGAAACUCAUACAUUUAAUUAACCAAAACGUAAGGCUUCUGGGAAGUCGUAUGAUAAUGCUAUACAACGCCUACCCUUCUGUGAUGCGCUGGCUGCCUGGAAGUCACAAAACUGUUUUUAAGAAUGCCGAGGAGUUGCAGAGCUUUGUUAUAGAGACUUUCACAAAGCAGAAGGAUCAACUGGACCUCAAUGACCAGAGGAAUCUUAUUGAUGCUUUUCUUGUUAAGCAACAAGAGGAAAACCCCGAAUUAUUUUUCAACAACGAGAAUUUAGUAAGCCUCGUGAGCAACUUGUUUGUAGCCGGAACGGAAACAACAUCUACAACUCUUCGCUGGGGUCUUUUGUUAAUGGCAAAAUACCCAGAAAUUCAAAAAAAGGUCAAAGAUGAAAUAGUCAAAGUAAUUGGAUCUGCCCAGCCUCAAGUAGAACACAGAAAGCUAAUGCCGUAUACCGACGCCGUUAUCCAUGAAAUCCAAAGGUUUGGUAACAUUAUUCCCGGUAACCUCCCACAUGCAACUUCUCGAGACAUCACAUUCAGAGGAUAUUUUAUUCCCAAGGGGACGCAUGUGAUUCCACUGCUGACAUCCGUACUGCAGGAUAAGACUUAUUUCGAGAAACCAGAUCAGUUUUACCCUCAACAUUUUCUGGACUCUAAAGGAAAUUUUAUGAAGAAUGAAGCAUUUCUGCCCUUUUCCACAGGAAGAAGAAGUUGCGCUGGGGAGAAUUUAGCAAAAAUGGAGUUGUUCCUGUUCUUCACAAGACUUAUGCAACAAUUCACAUUCCAUCCUCCAACUGGUGUUGAAGUUGAUCUCUCCCCUAUCAGCGGGUUCACGAGGGGACCUUCAGUACAUGAGAUAUGUGCUUACUCAAUCAAUUAGAAGAAGUCUCUGGAAAUUGGCACAUUAGCCACAGAAUCCAUACCAUCUUAUUUUGUAACAGAGUUAUGAAACAUCCAUACCCAUUAAAAAAGGGCUCACUGGCCUUGCGAUCUUGAUCACGGUCUGAUCAGAGGCAGGGUAGUCAUCAAAGACCGCAGCAGGGUCUGUGCCGACAAUGAAAAGCCUCUCUCCUGUUGAGGGAUCUUUCUUGCUUUAAUGUGACUUACAAUUCUCUUACUUAAAUACAAUUACACAAUUAAAAUAAAUACUACAUGGAUAAUUAUAUCUGUUACAUUAAUUGCAUAUUCUGUUUCCACAGUCCUGGAUACUUGAUAAGCAAUACCAACAAUUUUGUUUAAAUACUCUUUGCAGAAACAUGAAAUGCAUAGGAUUUGUAAGAGACGUGCAGCAUAGGAAAGUUACAUUUUCACAUGGAACGUUUAUUGAAAUGUUGGAUAUCAUGAGACCUGGACAGGGGCUGAUUUUUGUUACAUUUGCUACGCUAUUUUGUAUUCAGUAACGGUGUACCGUACUUUGAAAAUGCUUUUUGGUCUAAUCGCUUUUGCCCCUUUAUACAAGCGUUAUCACUACAAUCUUAUUUUGCUUCCCUAGUAUUAUGUUAAUCUUGAUGCUUUGCUCUU